AUGGCACCUGUUCAAAGCACUGAAAAAGCAUCUUCCGUUACAUUGGAUAAGAUCAAAAAGUCAUUCGAAGACAAGGACUGGAAGUUUUACUGCGCUGUCGCUGCUGGUUUGACCCUUGCAGGCGCUGGUGCUUACUACCUUACUUCAGGUAGUAGCAAGAAGGGUAAGAAAAAGCCUAUAUCCAAGAGAGAAGUUGAAAAGGAGACAACCAGCACCACAUCUUCUGGAAAAGCCCCUGUCACCCCGGCUACUGCUACCACACCAGCUGAAAAUGCUACCACUACCACCACUACCACCACUACUACCGAAACCACCACUACCACCACUGCCCCUGAUUAUGCCACUUUAUCCGAGGCUGAAAUUGCUGCUUUAACCGACGAGCAACGUGCUGAAGCUGCUCAAUCUCUCAAGACAAAGGGUAACGCCAAGUUCAGUGGCAAAUCUUAUGAAGAAGCUGCUGAAUUGUAUACUUUGGCUCUCAAAUACAAGGCAGAUCCCAUCUUUUUCUCCAACCGUGCUGCUUGUUAUGCCAAUUUAGGUUUCAAUGAUCGCGUUAUUGAGGAUUGCAAUGAAGCUCUGCGCUUGGAUCCCGUCUACGUCAAGGCAUUGAACAGACGUGCUCAUGCAUUGGAGAAGAAGGGCGAUUUGGAAAACUCUCUCUAUGAUUUCACCUGUGUCUGUAUCCUCGAUGCUUUCAAGAAUGAUGCUGCUAGUAAGGCCAUGGAACGUGUUUUAAAGCUUGUUUCAGAAAACAGAGCCAAGGAAAUUAUGAAGACCAAGAAGCCUCGUUUGCCUUCUCCUACUUUUGUCAGUGCCUAUCUUGACUCUUUCCGUCCUGUUGUUCAAGAUUUAGCCAGUAUCCCUGAUGAGGAGACUGGCGAUGCUUAUUAUGCAAAGGCUUAUCGUGCUAUUGCCGAGAAGGAUUACAGCGGUGCUUUGGAAGCAUGUGAAAAGGCUGUCGAGUUGGGUUGUUCCAAGACUUAUCAAGCUUAUGCAUUGAAUUUGAUGGGUACCUUUGCUUUCUUGAAGGGUAACACAGCUGAUGCAUUGACUUGGUUCAACAAGGCUAUUGAGGCUGAUCCCAAGUAUGUUCAAAGUUACAUUAAGCGUUCUAGCAUUUACAUGGAACAAGGUGAUGUGGAGACUACAUUCAAGCAGUUUGAAGAUGCCGUCGCCAUCAACCCCAGUGAUCCUGAUAUUUAUUACCACAGAGGUCAAGUCAACUAUAUCAGUGGCAACUACGACGCUGCUGCCAAGGAUUAUAGCGAAAGCAUCAAGUUGGAUGAUUCCUUUGUGUACGCUCACAUUCAACUCGGUGUCGUUCAAUACAAGCUCGGUUCUAUUUCCUCAUCCAUGUCUACUUUCAACAACACGCUCAAAAAGUUUGCCAACAGCACUGAUGUUCACAACUACUAUGGUGAGCUUUUGGUAGAUCAACAAAAAUUGCCCGAGGCCAUUGACAUGUUUGGCAAGGCCAUGACCUUGGACCCCAAGAAUCCUCUUCCCUAUAUCAACAAGGCCAUGUUAAUGUAUCAAGUGAUGGGUAACAUUGAAGAAGCUACUCAAUUAUGUCAAAGCGCUUUAGAAGUUGAUCCUGCUUGUGAUGCCGCUGUUGCAUCUCUUGCUCAAAUCCUCUUGGAACAAGGCAAACCCGAAGAAGCUCUCAAGUACUAUGAAAUGGCCAUCAAUUUAGCCAGAACUGAAGCUGAAUUGGAGCAUGCCAUCUCUUACGUGGAAGCUACCAAGACUCAAACUCGAUUUGCCAAUGAUUUCCCUGAUGCCGCUGCUAAAUUGAAGGCAUUGAGAGGUUAA